AUGGAUAUGACGUCGGGCUGUAAUUUCUCCUUACUUCUUGGGAUGUCGUUGAACUCUUCAUCAAUGCUGCCAGAAAUGGAGUUUGACAAUGUAUCAACAAUGGGUUGGCCGGCUGGUAAUUGCACAGACACGCUUCCCAAUAAUUCGACUUUCUACCCAACCGCAUACAAUCUGUACACCGUAAUAAUGGGAGGAUUUGCAUCGGGCACCUGUUGCGUGAUAGGGCUGAUAUGUAACCCGCUUGCAAUUGCAGUAUUAUCCAAAGACAACACCGACUCAGCGGCUCCGUUUCUGCUCUCCAUGGUAGCGGUCACGGACAUAAUGUUCAACAUAUUUGGUAUGGUGGCAUAUUGUUCCGUGUCGUUCCAUCCAUAUUCGGGCUGGCUUGAGUGGUUCUUUGUCGUGUUUCAGAACCAUAUAGUACACAUAUGGCCGUUUGUGGCCACGGCACGGUUAUCAUCUACCUACAUGCUAACCUUCGUCGCUUUGGAUCGCUAUAUGGCCAUCUGCAAACCCACCGAGACGGCCGAACAGCGAACCAUCGCUAGAUGGCGGGUCCGCGUCGUAGCGAUGCUGGUGUUUUGCUUCCUUUACAAUUCACCCAAAUUCUUCGACACGGAGUACGUCGGAUAUCUGCCAUGCUCUCCGGGAUCGCAAGAUUUCUGCUUUAAUGUUAAGGUCAAAGAAUGGGGCAUCUAUAAAAUCAUUUACCGGUUCGUACUGCACGCCAUUGUGAGCUAUGCGAUACCACUCUCGGCUAUGAUCACGCUGAACGUGAAGAUCGUCGUGGCAGUGCGUAGAGCCGAUAAAAUGCGAAACCGCGUCUCUAGCGCCGUGAAAGGUAACCAGCGUGAAGUAACGAGUAUCGUCAUCACGCUUUUGACCCUGUUCUUCUUGGCAGUGUUCCCUCACGUCUUGCUGCAGUUUCUCAUCGUGUUCCUAAACCGCCUGCCGCAUGAGUUCACCAUAAUGGCCCAGUGGGUCUGGCCUGUAGUGUACUUCUUAACUGGCUUCAAUGCGUGCGUCAAUUUUUUUGUUUACGGUCUAAUGGGGUCCAAAUUUCGUCGAGGUCUUAAGCGGCUGUUCGGAUGCGGCAAAGAUAUUCCCAUGGGCAGCGUGCGGGAGUCCUCCGACCAAGGAUCCAGUCGCAGAACCUCAAGGCUUUCUUCAGUGGCCACUGUCCAGGGCGGUUCAAGAUCCUCCAGAAUUUCGUUGUCUUCGCGGCUGUCCACAGCUUCCUCGGACCUGGAGAAUGGGCCAGUUAUUGUGAGGGUUUCCUCAGUGACCACUCACCAGACUGUACUGUAG